AUGCUCGCCAGGCCUUCAAACCCCAUGAGGGCUGGUGGUCCAAAGGCUCGAGGCCUUUUGCGCCCGUCCGUCUCCCGGGCUGCUGGUUUGCGACGGAUCUCUGGCGCCGCGAGGUCAAUAAUACCACACACUUCAGUCGCUCGAUCUCAAUCGCCAUCAGAUUUCUCGAAGCGCCCCCUGAACAAAGUUUCUCAUCGUUAUCCGGCUUCAUCAUGGACGCCCGCACAGAGGCAGUCAUCUACUGCCGCCGCGCCCAAGGAUUCACCGAUAGAGACGGACCCGGUCGAGGCGAUCAACACGCUUAUUGAGCGGAUCAACGAAAAUGAUGAUGCCAUGGCACAAAUGAUGCUGGAACUGGGGCUGAUCGAAGGUGAUGAACUUGUCGAAGUCCCCGAGGACCCGUCCGAUGGCCAGGAAUACACACCCGAGGCGUGGGUCGAGAUGGUCCGACAGCAAUUCGGCGAUGCGAUCCCAGACGGUAUACUGAAUGAGGAGGAGUUGCAACUUUUCACUCGACUCUACGGCCAACCCCUCGUUCAAGAAGUGACUGAGGAACUACCCGCCGAAGAGAGCGACAGGGAGCCUGAUCGCUUGUUCCGAGAGGAUAGGCAGGGUCGAUGGGAGGAGAUCGAGUAUGAACAGAAUGCCGAAGCCGAGGACGAGCCUCCAGUGCUGGGCGGCGAGAUCAUGAUGGAGCAGUUCGAGAAUGAAGCCGUUCCGGACUCAGCACCACGUGCUCAUCCCCUGACGCGCGAGGGGAAAUUCACCACCGAACCCAGUACCAUCCACCUUCCAAAGAAUACCGUCACCGGUCCUAUUUCAGUGAUUCUGUCCGAUUUCUCCAACAAGCACAUUUCAGAGACUGCGCGCCGCUUGUUCGGUGGGCCGGGUUUGCCUCACUCUACUACGACGCCGCCUCCGCGAGCGCAAUUGCCACAAUUGCCGAUUCCUCUCCAUGCAUCGCAGCACCACAUGGGCGAGAUGGAGGCCAAUGCCUACAUUGCCGCUCUGUACCCUGGAAUAUACGCCUCGACCUUGAGUGUGUUGACCGAAAUCCGGAAACGCAUGGGGACCGACUGGAUCCGUCGGCUGAUUUUGCAAGAGGGAGGACCCAACGUCCUGGACGCUAGCGGUGGCGGUGCUGGUAUUCUGGCUUGGCGAGACAUUGUGCGUGCUGAGUACGAACUGAUGGUUCCAGACCAUCCCGAAGGUGCUCCCAUCCCGUACGGCAGGUCUACGGUUCUUACCGGAUCGGACGCUCUCCGUCUGCGUGCGAGUGCCAUCUUGGACAACACUAGCUUCCUUCCUCGCUUGCCAGACUACAUUCAUGUCCGCGAGAAACCAACUCUCGAGGAUACGCGAGCUGUGCAGAAGCGUAAGCAGUACGACAUUGUCAUUGCGCCUCACACUCUCCUUGGAUUCGAGGAGGAGUAUCAGCGCAAAGAGCAUGUGCAGAACCUGUGGCAAUUGCUGAACCCCAAUGGCGGUGUGCUCGUCCUGCUGGAGAAGGGUCGGCAGAAGGGCUUCGAGGCGAUUGCCGGUGCUCGAGAGAUGCUUCUUAGACGCCACAUCGCCAGCCCCGGGUCAACGGAGUACGAAAACACUUUGGACUCCUCGAUCGAGUCGCCCAUCAUCGCCAAGGAGCCCGGCAUGAUCAUUGCUCCGUGCACAAACCACGCCACUUGCCCCAUGCACAAUCCCGCGGGUCCAACAAAGGGCCGCCGAGACUAUUGCCAUUUCGAACAGCGGUACAUUCGCCCACCCUUCUUGCAGCGUAUCAUGGGUGCCAAGGACCGGAACCAUGAAGAUGUCAAGUUCAGCUACCUGGCAGUGCAGCGAGGUGUGGAUAUGCGGCAGGAACAGAAUAUCCGUCAAGACUCUGAAGCCACCGACACCGCAUUCGAGGGCUUUGAGCAUCUAGACGAGCCCGACAGAGCAGAUUUCCAUCCUCUUUCGCUGCCCCGUGCCGUGUAUCCACCUCUCAAGCGCCGGGGUCAUGUCAUUUUCGACCUCUGCACCCCAGCAGGCAAGAUUGAACGGUGGACGGUCCCACGUUCCUUCAGUCGCCAGGCCUAUCGUGACGCUCGCAAAUCCAACUGGGGCGAUCUAUGGGCUCUGGGUGCCAAGACUCGCAUCCCGCGCAAGCUGAAUCUUGGCGACAAGCACGGCGAAGGCAAGAAAGAGCGUCUUGCUCGACGGGCCGCUGCCAAGGCUGGUUCUCGAGAGAUGGACGAAGAGGGCGACUUUGACGAACUUGAGGCGGAACGGGACGAGGGCGAUGAUGACGAGAUCGUGGAAGCCCCUAGUCGCAAGAGAGGGCAGCGUGUUCCAAGCUGGAAGAAGCACGCCGACAAGAAGAAGGUCCGACAGAGUGUGAAGCGACGCGACGCUGCUGAGGACUUGCUGUGA